AUGGCGCCAAAGGGAGAGAAGAAGCCCGCGGAGAAAAAACCCGUAGAGGAGAAGAAGUCCACCAUCGCAGAGAAAGCACCGGCAGAGAAGAAGCCGAAGGCCGGAAAGAAGCUACCUAAGGAUGGUGGUGCCGCUGCGGGAGACAAGAAAAAGAAGAAAAGCAAGAAGAGCAUAGAGACAUACAAGAUCUACAUAUUCAAAGUUCUGAAGCAAGUUCACCCUGACAUUGGUAUCUCAAGCAAGGCCAUGGGUAUCAUGAACAGUUUCAUCAACGACAUUUUCGAGAAGCUUGCUGCUGAAUCUUCAAGAUUGGCAAGAUACAACAAGAAGCCAACGAUAACUUCAAGGGAAAUUCAGACUGCUGUUAGGCUUGUUCUUCCUGGAGAAUUGGCCAAACAUGCCGUCUCUGAAGGAACCAAAGCUGUGACUAAGUUUACCAGUUCUUGA